AUGUGUGAUGGUCGUGCCUCACAGUCUCAACUGAUCAACCGUACUCCAUAUGUUGAUGAGUAUUUUCCCAUUCAUUUCUCAUGUUGGGAGAAUCAGUUAGAGCUAAUCAAGGUCAUGGCUAAGGCAGAUCCUAAUGUUCUCAAGCUAACUUCUAGUAGAGAAGGUACGGACGUUGUAGUCAGAAAAGUCAAGAAUUGUGAGUUUGCUAUUGAUCAUGUGUCACCAUUUCUAUUGGCAAGUGCUGCCGGGAACGUAAGUGUUUUGGAAUUUCUAUAUGAAAUGGAUGCACAAUCGUUGCACAUGAAAGAUUUGGCAAACCAAACAGCACUACAUUAUGCUUGCAUGAGAAAUAAUAUAUCAACUGUUGAAUGGCUGAUACAAAAAGGAAUGACACUUGAUGAUCAAAACAAGUAUGGCUGGACAGCAUUACAUUUUGCCUGUAGCAGAGAUGAUGAUUCUACAAUCAAAUUGCUGAAAGAGAAAGGAUGUGACAUAAAUGUAAAAGACGAGUGUUUUUGGUCUUUUGGCAAUGCAGUUUAA